AUGUUCAAGAGCGGCAUUUCCUCCUUCGCCAGAGCAGCCCGCCCGUCCUUCGCGGCCGCGGCCACGCGACGUGCUCUUCGACCCUCAUCCAUUCUCCCUGCCAGCUACCGAUUUGCGUCGUCCACGAGCGUUGGAGAUGGCAAGAUUUACCAGGUCAUUGGUGCCGUCGUUGAUGUCAAGUUCGACACGGCCAAGCUGCCUCCUAUCCUGAACUCUCUCGAGACGCAAAACAACGGCCAGAAGCUUGUGCUCGAGGUCGCGCAACAUCUCGGUGAAAAUGUCGUCCGCUGCAUUGCCAUGGAUGGUACCGAGGGUCUCGUCCGUGGCGCCAAGGCCACCGACACUGGCGCUCCCAUAACCAUCCCCGUCGGCCCAGCCACUCUUGGCCGUAUCAUGAACGUCACCGGCGACCCCAUUGACGAGCGUGGCCCAAUCAAAACCGACAAGUUCCUGCCUAUCCACGCCGAACCCCCGGCCUUCACCGACCAGUCCACCUCGGCCGAGAUUCUGGUAACCGGCAUCAAGGUCGUCGAUCUGCUGGCCCCCUACGCUCGUGGUGGCAAGAUCGGUCUCUUUGGCGGUGCUGGUGUCGGCAAGACUGUGUUCAUCCAGGAGCUCAUCAACAACAUCGCCAAGGCUCACGGUGGUUACUCGGUAUUCACUGGCGUCGGCGAGCGAACCCGCGAGGGCAACGAUUUGUACCACGAAAUGCAGGAGACGUCCGUCAUUCAGCUCGAUGGCGAGUCAAAGGUCGCUCUGGUGUUCGGUCAGAUGAACGAGCCCCCGGGUGCUCGUGCCCGUGUUGCCCUCACUGGUUUGACGGUUGCCGAGUACUUCCGUGACCAGGAAGGCCAGGACGUUCUGCUCUUCAUCGACAACAUUUUCCGUUUCACUCAGGCCGGUUCCGAAGUGUCUGCUCUGCUUGGUCGUAUUCCCUCUGCCGUCGGUUACCAGCCUACUCUCGCCGUCGACAUGGGUGGUAUGCAAGAGCGCAUCACCACCACCAAGAAGGGCUCUAUCACCUCCGUCCAGGCCGUCUACGUCCCUGCUGACGAUUUGACCGAUCCCGCCCCCGCCACUACCUUCGCCCAUCUGGACGCCACCACUGUCUUGUCCCGAGGCAUCUCCGAGUUGGGUAUCUACCCCGCCGUGGACCCUCUUGAUUCCACCUCCCGAAUGCUCGACCCCCGUGUCGUCGGCCAGGAGCAUUACGACACCGCCACCCGCGUCCAGCAGAUCCUGCAGGAGUACAAGGGUCUCCAGGACAUCAUCGCCAUUCUGGGCAUGGACGAGCUGUCUGAGGCCGACAAGCUUACCGUCGAGCGUGCUCGUAAGAUCCAGCGUUUCCUGAGCCAGCCCUUCACCGUUGCCCAUGUCUUCACCGGCAUCGAGGGCACACUGGUCGACCUCAAGGACACCAUUGCCUCGUUCAAGGCCAUCCUGAGCGGCGAGGGUGACAGCCUGCCCGAAAGUGCCUUCUACAUGGUAGGCGACCUCGCCUCAGCCAAGCAGAAGGGCGAGAAAAUUCUUGCAGAGCUCGAGAAGAACUAG